CAAGUUUUGCCAGUAUGAAAAACGGGUCAGUAUUUUAUGACAGACAGGACAGUGGCUAUCCAGAGAGUCCGAUCAUCUUGGAAGCCCAUCACAUAAGGAGAAAUUACAAAUUCCUGAAACGUGAAAUGGAACCAGAUUCAAUAGUAGACUACCUAGUCCAACACAAUAUUCUUGACACAGACGAAGAUAAAAAUCUGAUUGGAAAGCCUCGAAGGAUAAAAUGCGACUUUAUUUUAAGGAAACUGUUACAGCAUCCAAGACAUUUGCCAGAAUUCACAAGAAUGAUAAAACAUUACCACCGGGAAGAAGAAGGAUUCCAUUGUUUUCUUUCUCUCUCAAGGUCUGAAGCCUUGGCAGGCGAAACUUCCCACAAUGCUGAAGAAGUAAUAAAAUCCACACGUUUGGAUGGAACACUGAAUAAACAUAGAAAUGAACUUUUGGAGGAAAUCAAGUUCAGGAUAUCGGAUGAAACUGAGAGCAUCGUUGAUGAUUUCUUGGAAAAAGAUAUUGUCUCUGUAUAUGAACAUGAGGAAAUAUCGGCCGAUACAAAUAAAUCUAAUGCAGCUCAUUUGCUACUAAAUUGCAUAAAGAACAAACUUCCACAUUCAUACUUAGCAAUGCUUUCAGUGCUAAAAACAUAUGGAGCACAUGAUCUUGCUGGCCGUCUCGAAGCUAUAGAUGAUAAUGAUUUCGAACAAACAGAGAGAGAAUUUACAGCUACAUGGAAAAUGUUGGAUGGUGAACUACAUUUGACUUCAAAAGUUCCCUUUGAAGAAUUGGGAGUACUCGAAGUAAAAUUCACAAAAGUUGAGGGAGGUAUAGAAAGAGCUGUGAUACUUGCUAUAAAAGACGCCGAAGUAACGGUUGCACAAAGAACACACUCAACCUACUAUAAAACAUCGACGGGGUCAAUAAUAAUUGUACUUCAAACCGAGUCAUGCUAUGCAAUGGCAAAAUUAAGGCAAUUCAUAGAAACAGAGGGUAUUUCCAAGUUUUUGUCACAAAUAUUUGAAUCCAGUUAUGUAAGAAAACUUUUGACGAAAGAAAAAUACGAAAUAGACGUUCAGAUCAGAGAAGUAAAGGAAAGAAAAGAUCCAAAUUUGGAUAGUUUGCAGUCAACUGAACAUAAAAAACUCGAAAAUACAUACAAGUCGCGUUUGGACAGAUGUCAUAUUUUUCUUGUGGAAGAACUACAACCGCGCUGUUUGCUAAAAGAGAAGGAGGUUGCCGACAUUUUCAGUCCAGUAUUGGAGAAGAUGAGGGAGCCAAGCUUGAGAAGAGCAAAAGUUGAAUUCUUUUUAGAACAUCUCAAAAAGCAGCCUGAGGAGAAAAUUAAACUAGUUUUAGAUAAACUGCAAGAGAAAAACAAGUACAUUUAUGAACAACUGUUUCCAGAUACAGCGAAAUAUCGGGAUACUGACAUCGAACAAGUUAAAGGAAACAUUUUGGAUAGUUUACCAAACCUCUUAGAUGUGGUUAAUAUCCGUGCAAUUCAAACUCCUCUCUUGAGUGAGGGGAUAAUAUCACCAGAACAACUUGAUUUUAUACACACGAACAGUGGAAGUCUUAGAAACAAAACUUUGCAGUUUGUGAAAUUGGUCUUACACAGAGGAACAGAGGCAAUCAAGAUUUUUCUUUCAGCUUUGGAGAUCUCUUGUGGUGAAAGCAUAGUUGAAAAUCUUUUACAACAAAGGGCAAAUAUCCAAAUGACAAGCGCCACUGAAGAAAGACAUGCAAAAAUUGAAUAUAAAGCUUUCAACGAAGAAGAUGGAUUAUUGUUUAAAGGCAGAUUUUUGUUAGA